CCCCGUGAACCAAAAUUGUGGCAUUUCCUGUAUCACUUUCCCCUUUAAAAGCAGGCAACACCUGUAAAUCAACGUGAAAUGAACGCAGGACGAUAACUCGGUCUGUCACUAACCUAGUCUCGAAAAUGCAUCUUAGUCUGCUGCUGGAAUCGCUCGACCUGAAGAGUCUAUUGCUUUUUCUUGUGAUAUUCCUUCUAAUUGCCGACUACCUGAAGAAUCGAAAACCCCCUAACUACCCCCCAGGGCCAUUGGCAUUACCCUUUGUGGGAAACAUCUUCAACAUCGAUUCCAAACAACCACAUAUUUCCCUGACGAAGUUGGCUGAGGUUUAUGGCGACGUUUUUGCUUUGCGUCUGGGCCGAGACCAGUUUGUGUUCGCCGCGGGCUAUAAGAUGGUGAAAGAGGCCCUUGUGGGUCAGGCAGAGAACUUUGUUGAUCGGCCCUUUAGUCCAAUGGGUGAAAGAAUGUACCCAGGAAAUGCGGGUCUGUUCUUCAGUAAUGGGCAGAGGUGGAAGACGCAUCGCCGUUUCACUCUGACCACGCUCCGAAACUUCGGCUUGGGGAAGAAGACAAUGGAGAACGCCAUUUGUGAGGAAACCCGCUACCUUCAGGAGGAGCUGGAGGGCCAAAAAGGCGAUCCAUUUGAUCCAAGAGUUCUUCUCAGCAAUGCCGUUUCCAAUAUCGUUUGUCAGAUGGUAUUCGGACGGCGGUAUGAUUAUACUGAUCAUACUUUCCAGAAGAUUCUUCAGUUGUUGAACGACAUAUUAUACGUACAGGGAACAGUAUGGGGCCAGCUGUAUGAGGCCUUUCCUGCCAUAAUGAGGUACCUGCCUGGGCGACACAAUGACAUUUUUGGCUACUUUGAACACAUCAGUGCUUUUAUAAGGGAAGAGGUGGAGAGACACAAGGACAGCUUUGACCCAAACAACCCCAGGGACUACAUUGAUGCCUACAUCACUGAGAUGAGAAGUGGUUCAUGUGUCCCCACUGAUGGCUUUGAUGAGACCAAUCUGGUUCUAAACUCACUGGACCUGUUUCUUGCCGGGACGGAAACAACGUCCACAACCCUUCAUUGGGCCAUGGUGUACCUGAUCAAAUACCCAGAUGUACAGGAGAAGGUGCAAGCAGAAAUUGACAGUGUUAUUGGUCAGUCACACCAACCCAGCAUGGCUGACCGAGCCAACAUGCCCUACACUGAGGCUGUGGUCCACGAGAUCCAGAGGAUGGGGAACAUCGUCCCGCUGAACGCUCUACGAAUGGCUGAGAAGGACACAACACUAGGAGGAUACUUCAUACCCAAGGGGACAGCUCUGAGGACCAAUCUGACCUCAGUGCUGUAUGAUACGUCUGAAUGGGAGACACCAGAUGAAUUCAACCCGGGUCACUUCCUGGACACAGAGGGCAAGUUCAGGAGACGAGACGCCUUCAUGCCCUUCUCUGCAGGAAAGCGGGUGUGUCUGGGGGAACAGCUGGCUAGGAUGGAGCUCUUUUUGUUUGUCGUGAGCCUGUUACAGAAAUUUAAGUUUUCCACGCAAGAUGGAGUCGAGUUAAGCCUGGAAGGAGGGGUGGGAGGCACACGCUGCCCCUACCCCUUCAAAAUCUUUGCACACACACGCUGACACACACACACACACACACACACACACUAA